UUCGUGCUCUCGUAGACACCAAUGACUCACUUUCCCAUUUACCCUUGCGAGCUUUACGUCGUCGUGCGUCAACUCCCCAGUCCCCCCACCAUCACCGUUCUACAGAGGAAGAAAGGGGGAGACGGGAAACCUAUACUGAACGCCUUCACACAAAUAUGAGCGGCAGCGGGCGGCCCAGGACCAGCUCAUUUGCUGAGCCUCCCGGAGCUCCCGGAUCCGCUGCAGCUGGUGCCGGAUCAGCAGUAGCCGGUGGAAGCUCGUCAGGAAAAACUGGGGCUUCACAAGCCAGUGGAAGCAGCUCGACGAGCUUUGGGAAUUUGAAACUACCUAGAGACAGCGGCAAAGUGACGACAGUGGUAGCCACACCAGGCCAGGGCCCCGACCGCCCACAAGAAGUGUCCUACACAGACAUUAAGGUUAUAGGAAAUGGCUCCUUUGGAGUGGUCUACCAGGCUCGCCUCAUCGACAGCCAGGAGAUGGUGGCAAUUAAGAAAGUUCUCCAAGACAAGAGGUUUAAGAAUAGGGAGCUGCAAAUAAUGAGAAAAUUGGACCACUGCAACAUUGUGAGGCUACGUUACUUCUUCUACUCCAGCGGAGAGAAGAAAGAUGAGGUGUAUUUGAAUCUGGUGCUGGACUACGUCCCUGAGACGGUGUAUAGGGUGGCUCGGCACUUCAACAAGGCAAAGACCACCAUCCCUAUCAUCUAUGUUAAGGUGUACAUGUACCAGCUGUUCCGCAGUCUGGCUUAUAUCCAUUCCCAGGGCGUGUGUCACAGAGACAUUAAGCCUCAGAACCUCCUGGUGGACCCUGAGACAGCGAUACUCAAACUCUGUGACUUUGGAAGUGCAAAGCAGCUAGUUCGAGGAGAGCCGAAUGUGUCCUAUAUCUGCUCACGGUACUAUCGUGCCCCCGAGCUCAUCUUUGGUGCCACCGACUACACCUCCAACAUCGACAUCUGGUCAGCCGGCUGCGUGCUGGCUGAGCUGCUGCUGGGCCAGCCAAUCUUCCCUGGGGACAGCGGUGUGGACCAGCUAGUAGAGAUCAUCAAGGUCCUGGGCACACCAACAAGGGAGCAGAUCAGGGAGAUGAACCCAAACUACACAGAGUUCAAAUUCCCACAGAUCAAAGCACACCCUUGGACAAAGGUGUUUAAGCCUCGCACCCCACCAGAGGCCAUUGCUCUCUGCUCUCGGCUGCUGGAAUACACGCCAGUGACCAGGCUGUCUCCCCUGGAGGCAUGUGCGCACGCCUUCUUCGAUGAGCUGCGUCAGCCCAACACCCGCCUGCCCAGCGGACGAGAGCUGCCGCUUUUGUUCAACUUUAGUCCCGUCGAGCUGUCUAUCCAGCCCCAGUUGAACUCUACACUCAUUCCUCCUCACGCUCGUGCACAGACAUCGCCUGCCUCACAUGAGGGCGGUGUGUCAGACAGUUCCGCCCAGCCCAGCUCAGCACCCGGAUCCAUCAACAACAGCACCUGAGCAUCCAUCCCUCUGUCAUCCUUUCUUUUUGUCUUCCUCAUUUUCCCUUUCUCUCCUCUGCUCUUCUCCCUUUUCCACCUUCCUCCUGGGCUCCAACCCCCCCCUUAAGAUAGAGAAGAAAUGGCUGUACCACAUAGACACUCGGCAUUGCUUUUCCCCCUGAAUUUCAACUAUUUCUGAUAGAAAAGUGAUUUCUGUGGCUGCUACCUUCUGAGUGGUUUGGGGUUGUUUGGAAGGACAUUGAAGAAGCCACACUUGGACAUAAUAUUGGCUGCAGUUCUAAGUCCAUGGUGGCACGGGUCUGGCCUGUUGGAGUAAGGAAACUAAGUGUUGGAUGAGUUGGGAUAUGAGGACGAGGGGUGCUACAUGUUUUGUGGACUUUCUGUAUUCUAAUCUAAAGUGAUUUUUAUCCCUUUUAUGUUCCUUUUAUUUGUUUUAGCUAAUUUUAUGUGUGGCUGUGGUGCCAUUAAAUGGGGUCCUGACUGGCCCAGUAUAAGGUAUAUACUUGUAUGGGUUCAAGUGGGGUCCUAAAGUAUAAGGCCUCAUUAUUAUUGACAAUCAUCCUUUAGUAGGGUCACAAAUGGCACACUUGUACUGUACUUUGUUUGAUCGUACGACACACUGUGUAGACAAGUGGCUUUGCCGUCACUUCCUAUCCUAAACUCUACUCUAGAAUUGUCAGCCCACUCUGCUUAAUGGUUUACAAAUUUGAAGACUUGUUUUAAAUCUCUAUUUGACACAACAGGAAAUAUUGGCUGAUUUUGUUUGUGUCAUUUUAGAUGAGGGGUGGUUUUAGAUUUUAUUGCUAAAGGGGGGGCACCGCCGCCCGUCUUUAAAGUUUCUUUUUGAUUUUUACCUCCUCAAAAUGCCUUUUUAUGUAACUGAGAGGAACUUUAUACACAGUCUUCAGUUCCUUCAGUAUAAGCUCAUGUUUUCUUUUAUUAAGCUGGAAACCAAGUGUUUAAUUUUAAUUUUAAAGACAUAUUGCACAUCUUCAAAGGGAAUAGAGGGGAAGCAAGGGGCCUGUCAAAUGUUCUUUCCAGCUGUUAACAUAACUUUACACAGAGGGAGCCAUUGGUGAAGGGCUCCAGGUGCUUCAAAACACAUUACCUAGCACUGAACCCUGAGAAGUCCUGUCAUUAAUUAUGUCACUUUAUGUCGUUUACUCUCAUAUCAGAUUGAUUAUGUUGAAGUAUGACAUCAGGACGCUUUGACUGCUCACCUGGCUCGUCAUUGUCAUUUCAGCUAGUGUUCACAUUCAUUGUUUGAGGAGAGGAGGACUCUAAAUUAAUUUAGUUUUGUUUGUAAAGACGAUUUGUUGAGAAAGUCUUUGCCCCCUCCCAGACAGACUGCCUGUGAUGUUCAUAUCAUGUUCUCUUCUUGUCCUGUGGAGAUGGUAGAAACUGAUCUUGAAUGGCCUGACAGUCCUUUGCCAGCACGGACUUGUUUUCUUUUCGUCCACCACACAAAUGUGCAUGUUCAGCCCUAGUUGACCACACUAUAAGAUUUCAGCUAAUCUCAGUAAUAAUCUGACCAGAAAUUAUGCUUACCUGACAGUUUAUGGAGCCCCCCCCCCCCCCC